GUGGUGAAUUAUUGUGUCGUCGUUUGUGUUUCGUGUUGAAAUCGUAGUUUUGCUAAUUUAUUUACUUUAAAUUCAUAUUUAUUGGCAAAAUCUCUAUAUAGUUAAAAUGAAGAGAGGUUAUGAAUCUAUGAGCUCCUCAGUUGACAUUAGCUCAUAUCGGGAUCAACAUUUUAAGGGUUCCAGAAGUGAACAAGAAAAAUUACUACGGGCAUCUUCAACACUUUACAUUGGAAAUUUAUCAUUUUACACAACAGAAGAGCAAAUAUACGAGUUAUUUUCGAAAUGUGGUGACAUAAGGAGAGUUAUAAUGGGAUUAGAUAAGUACAAAAAAACCCCCUGUGGUUUUUGUUUUGUGGAAUAUUAUACCAGACCUGAUGCAGAAAAUUGUAUGAGGUUUAUAAAUGGAACAAGAUUGGACGACAGAAUAAUUAGAUGUGAUUGGGAUGCAGGUUUCAUUGAGGGUCGACAAUAUGGCCGUGGGAAAACUGGUGGUCAGGUACGUGAUGAAUAUAGGACUGAUUAUGAUGGAGGCCGUGGUGGAUAUGGAAAAAUAAUUGCACAAAAGAUAGUUCCAAACACAUUGGAACGUUGACCGGAAGAGUGAGUGAUGUUAAGAUAUUUAUAAGUGUUCAACUAUGCAGUAAUUAUGAACUUGUGAAAGACUGUCCUUAAGAAGCAUUUGAUAUAUGAUGUGAGAUAAAUAUAAUUAUAA